GGAGGAGCGCGGAACCCAGCUGGAAAAUGAACCAGAAUGUCUGAGAAAAUGUCCAGCUUUCUGUACAUCGGGGACAUCGUGUCCCUGUACGCUGAGGGCUCCGUCAAUGGAUUCAUCAGCACGCUGGGGUUAGUGGAUGACCGGUGUGUGGUCCAGCCAGAGGCAGGUGAUCUUGCUAAUCCUCCAAAGAAGUUCCGAGACUGCCUUUUCAAGGUGUGUCCUAUGAACAGAUAUUCAGCCCAGAAGCAGUACUGGAAAGCCAAGCAAGCCAAACAAGGAAACCAUACUGAAGCAGCACUGCUGAAGAAACUUCAAAUUCUAUUUUGUAUCAAAUACAGUGUGGAUGGAGCAACUCAUCUGUAUCUGAAAAACAGCUGGCCUGAUAUUGUAACUGAAUGCUUGAGAUUAAGUGAAAACAAGCAUGCAGCAGAACUGGAACAAAAGCAGAAUGAAAGCGAGAACAGAAAGCUGUUGGGCGAAAUUGUAAAAUACAGCAACGUCAUCCAGCUACUGCACAUAAAAAGCAACAAAUACCUCACAGUCAACAAGAGAUUGCCAGCUCUGCUAGAGAAGAAUGCUAUGCGGGUAUCCCUGGAUGCUGCAGGGAAUGAGGGCUCCUGGUUUUAUAUCCAGCCUUUCUGGAAACUGAGGAGCGAAGGUGACAAUGUUGUGGUGGGAGAUAAAGUUGUUCUCAUGCCAGUCAAUGCAGGACAGCCUCUGCACGCCAGCAACAUUGAGCUUCUGGACAACCCUGGCUGCAAAGAGGUAAAUGCUGUCAACUGUAACACAAGCUGGAAAAUAACUUUGUUCAUGAAAUUCAGUAGCUAUCGAGAUGAUGUACUGAAAGGAGGGGAUGUUGUGAGGCUGUUUCAUGCAGAGCAAGAGAAGUUUCUGACCUGUGAUGAAUAUGAGAAGAAACAACACAUUUUCCUCCGCACUACGUUACGUCAGUCAGCCACAUCUGCAACAAGUUCUAAAGCACUCUGGGAAAUAGAGGUUGUCCACCAUGACCCUUGCCGGGGAGGGGCAGGACAGUGGAAUAGUUUGUUUAGAUUUAAGCAUUUAGCAACUGGAAACUAUUUGGCUGCAGAGCUUAACUCACACUACCCAGAAGGUAAUAAUGAAGGAAAAGCUUUGCAGAGAGAAGGCGACCUUCCUGCUUCAAAGAAGAAACGCCAGGCAGGGGAGAAGAUUAUGUAUACUUUGGUCUCUGUGCCACAUGGAAAUGACAUUGCAUCUCUCUUUGAACUGGAUGCUACCACACUUCAGAGAGCUGAUUGCCUGGUUCCAAGGAACUCCUACGUCCGACUGAGGCACCUGUGCACGAACACUUGGGUCACCAGCACCAGCAUCCCGAUUGACACUGAGGAAGAGAGGCCUGUGAUGUUAAAGAUUGGGACGUGCCAAGCCAAAGAGGACAAGGAAGCUUUUGCCAUUGUAUCGGUUCCUCUGUCUGAGGUCAGAGACUUGGACUUCGCCAAUGAUGCGAACAAAGUUUUAGCAUCAACUGUUAAAAAGCUGGAGAAUGGAACAAUAACCCAGAAUGAAAGGAGGUUUGUAACCAAGCUACUGGAAGACCUCAUUUUCUUUGUUGCUGAUGUGCCCAAUAACGGGCAAGAAGUUUUGGAUGUGAUCAUUACCAAGCCGAACCGGGAACGACAGAAAUUAAUGAGGGAGCAAAAUAUAUUGGCUCAGAUAUUUGGCAUCCUCAAAGCUCCUUUUAAGGACAAAGGUGAAGGAUCAAUGCUCAGACUUGAGGACCUGGGUGACCAGAGAUAUGCUCCCUACAAAUACAUGUUAAGAUUAUGUUACAGAGUUCUAAGACACUCCCAACAGGACUAUAGGAAGAACCAGGAAUAUAUUGCUAAGAACUUCUGCGUCAUGCAGUCCCAGAUUGGUUAUGAUAUUCUGGCAGAAGACACCAUCACAGCUUUGUUGCACAACAACAGAAAACUGCUAGAGAAACACAUCACAGCUAAAGAAAUAGAGACGUUUGUGAAUUUACUCAGAAGAAAUCGAGAGCCAAGAUUCUUGGAUUACCUGUCAGACCUGUGUGUAUCUAACACCACAGCAAUACCAGUAACUCAGGAACUCAUUUGCAAGUUUAUGCUUAGCCCAGGAAAUGCUGACAUUCUCAUCCAGACCAAGCUGGUUUCAACACAAAUGGACAAUCCUCUGGAAUGCCCAGUCAUCUCAGAUGACAUUGAUGAAGAGGAAGUGUGGCUUUACUGGAUCGACAGCAACAAGGAGCCUCACGGCAAAGCCAUCAGGCAUCUAGCUCAGGAGGCAAAGGAGGGCACAAAAGCUGAUUUAGAAGUUCUUACCUACUACAGGUACCAACUGAACCUCUUUGCAAGAAUGUGCCUGGACCGCCAGUAUCUCGCCAUCAACCAGAUUUCUGCCCAGCUGUCAGUAGACUUGAUCCUCAGGUGUAUGUCUGAUGAGAGCCUCCCCUAUGACCUGCGGGCUUCCUUUUGCCGUCUGAUGCUGCACAUGCAUGUGGACAGAGAUCCCCAGGAGUCUGUGGUGCCUGUCAAGUACGCCAGAUUGUGGACUGAAAUUCCUACCAAGAUCACCAUUCAUGAGUAUGAUUCCUUCACUGACUCUUCAAGGAAUGAAAUGAAGAUAAAGUUUGCACUCACAAUGGAAUUUGUAGAAGAGUACUUGAAAGAAGUUGUGAAUCAACCCUUUCCAUUUGGAGACAAAGAGAAAAACAAACUUACAUUUGAGGUGGUACAUCUGGCUCGAAACCUCAUAUACUUUGGCUUUUAUAGUUUUAGUGAGCUCCUCAGACUAACCCGGACACUGCUGGCAAUUCUAGAUAUUGUUCAAGUGCCCAUAUCGUCAUACUUCGAAAGGCUGAGCAAGUUUCAGGAUGGAGGGAACAACGUCAUGAGGACAAUCCAUGGGGUAGGAGAGAUGAUGACCCAAAUGGUGCUGAGCAGAGGGUCUGUAUUUCCCAUCAGUACCCCUGACAUACAGCCAAGCAUUCACCCAAGCAAGCAAGUCAGCACUGCAGACAGUGAAGAUGUGAUUGUAAUGGACACCAAAUUGAAAAUCAUUGAGAUUUUGCAGUUUAUUCUCAGUGUUAGACUGGACUACAGAAUAUCGUACAUGCUGUCUGUCUAUAAGAGAGAGUUUGGGGAAAACACUGAAAACGUUGACUGCUCUACAUCAUCCCCACCUGACACACCAGGGACUGCCUCAGCAAUUGUUCCUGACAUAGAUGAAAUUGCAGCUCAGGCUGAAACCAUGUUUGCUGGCAGAAAGGAGAAGAAUGCAGUUCAGCUUGAUGAUGAAGGGGGCAGAACUUUUUUACGGGUCCUCAUUCACCUCAUCAUGCAUGACUACCCCCCAUUGCUCUCAGGGGCUCUGCACCUGCUGUUCAAGCACUUCAGCCAGAGAGCAGAAGUUCUGCAAGCAUUCAAACAGGUUCAGUUGCUGGUGUCCAAUCAAGAUGUGGAUAACUACAAGCAAAUCAAAGCUGAUCUUGACCAGCUACGUCUGACUGUAGAAAAAUCCGAAUUGUGGGUUGAGAAGAGCAGCAAUUAUGAGAGUGGAGAGGUGGGCAACAAUCAAACCAAAGGAGGAGAAGAGCCAAUGGAAGAAUCAAACAUUUUGAGCCCAAUACAGGAUGGGACCAAAAAACCCCAGAUAGACAGCAUUAAAAGCAAUAACUACAAUAUUGUUAAAGAGAUUUUGAUUCGACUAAGCAAACUUUGUGUUCAGAGCAAAAAAUGUCGGAAUCAACAGCAGCGUUUACUGAAAAAUAUGGGCGCCCACCUGGUGGUCUUGGACCUUCUGCAGAUCCCCUAUGAAAAGAGUGAUGAAAAGAUGAAUGAAGUUAUGAAUCUAGCCCACACUUUUCUUCAGAAUUUCUGCCGAGGAAAUCCUCAGAAUCAAGUUCUCCUCCACAAAAAUCUCAACUUGUUCUUAACUCCAGGGCUCCUGGAAGCCGAGACCAUGAGGCACAUCUUCAUGAAUAAUUACCUCCUGUGCAACGAGAUCAGUGAGAUGGUGGUGCAGCACUUUGUGCACUGCAUCGAGACCCAUGGCCGGCAUGUGGAGUACCUGCGAUUCCUGCAGACCAUAGUGAAAGCAGAUGGCAAAUACGUGAAAAAGUGCCAGGACAUGGUAAUGACAGAGCUGAUAAAUGGUGGUGAAGAUGUGCUGAUAUUCUACAAUGACAGAGCAUCCUUCCCAGUGCUGCUCCAGAUGAUGUGUUCCGAGCGGGACCGAGCCGACGAAAGCGGGCCCUUGGCCUAUCACAUCACUCUGGUGGAGCUGCUGGCCGCCUGCACCGAGGGCAAGAAUGUGUACACAGAGAUCAAGUGCAAUUCACUGCUGCCCCUGGAUGAUAUUGUGAGGGUAGUGACCCAUGAUGACUGCAUUCCUGAGGUGAAAAUUGCCUAUGUUAAUUUUGUUAACCACUGUUACGUGGACACUGAAGUGGAAAUGAAAGAAAUCUAUGCCAGUAACCAUAUCUGGAAACUUUUUGAGAACUUCCUUGUUGAUAUGGCAAGGCAAAGAACCGCGGGAUUGCGAUUCCAGUGGAUUUGGACAGCCAGGUGAACACCUUGUUCAUGAAGAGUCAUUCCAACAUGGUGCAGAGGGCAGCCAUGGGCUGGAGGAUGUCAGCCCGUAGUGGACCUCGCUUGAAAGAAGCUCUUGGUGGGCCGGCCUGG